GCCAGUAAGCGAGCAGCGAGCGGAGAGCCAGCAUAGCGACGGCCGACGCAGCGGGCCGCUCAGCGCAGAUAGCCGACAGCCACCUGCCGACCGGCGCUCGGCAGCGGACGGCGGACAGCGGACAGCGGACAGCGGACAGCGGACAGCGGACGGCGGACAGGACAGGCGGCCGGCGUGCCGGGCGGCCUGACCGGGCGGUGCGAAGGUGCGGGCGUGCGGGGCAGCGGCGCGGCCAGCGCGACACACGGACGGCGCCAUGUGCCCGAUAUGCGGCAAGCAGCAGGCGCAGCUGACGGCCGAGCUGGCCGACGGCGUGCUCGAUCCGGACCGGCUCGACCUGGACCAGCUCAACCUCGGCCCCAACCUCAGCUUCGACAUGCUCUUCGUCGAUGACUCGGCGCCCUACGUGCUGGAGCGGCGCGUGGACAAGUCGAUCCACGCGGCGGUGGCCUCCCACCUGCUGGCGACGGUGACCGGCCGGCACGAGGAGGCGGCCGACCGCAGCGGCGAGCCGCCCGCCAAGCGGCUGGAGGGCGAGCGGCCCAGCGGCGGCCGCGCCACCAGCUUCGAGAGUCUGGGCCAGCCGCACGCCAGGUGAGCAAGACGACGGGGCAGGUCCGGUCAGUUGCCGCGCAGAGCUGGAGGAGGGCCAGACGGGGCGGGUGGUCCGCGAACGGGGCGCAGGCAGUCGGACGGUCGUCGGGCUGGGGCGAUGGUUGACGCCAGAGCCGCAGACACCGCCGGAGAUAACAUUACCGUCCACCGCCGGACGCUUAGUGCUGAAGUUUUAAAUGCCCCUUCCCCUCCCCCUCCCCGAGCCUUCGCUGUACCGGGCGCGCGCAUCCGCCGUCCACGCGCUGCUUCAGCUC